GUAGCGUAUGUCACGCGAGUGUUAGCGUUUUCAUAAUUUCCCCUCAGACCUGGUGGUCGUCUGUUGCACAGUUAACUUUGAUGAACAGUACGUGACCUCUGGAUUUAAUGUGCAUUGUUUUAUGCAUCAUGUGAGGACGUCGUCUUGCACACAGGCAUGGUCUGCGAUGAGGAACUCUGACCUGUGGAUGUUGAUAGUCAAACCAUGGAUGUCCUGCGGGUGCUGUUAGUCACCAUGGGACGGAUCACAACAUUCAAAUCUUAUCAAAUCGUGUUGCUCCUGGCCGCAGCUAUGGCAGUGGUAGCGUUUUAUUACUUUGGAUCUGAAAACCAGAACUUCUCCAGCACCACAAAACGAAUCAAGGAAACGCAAGCGAGCCACAACACCAACCGAGAAGAUGCAGAUCUUUCCUUGGACAUCAGGCCUGGACAUGCUGAAAGCAGGAUGGGAGCUAAAGAAGAUUGGGAGGAGAAGCCGAUAGGAAUCAAGCAAUUUCAUGCUCUCAUGAUGUUCACUAAGGUCGACAAGAGUUUAAACCUGCAGAAUAAGUUUCAGGUGGCCAUGCGCUCCCUAGCCAAACAUGGACGCUUUCUAGAGGAUGAGAUGCUGGUUCUGCAUUUUGUCUCUGAUGCUGGCAGUCAGAAGCUGGGGGAGAUGAUGCUACACGGACUUUUGCUGGAAGCAUCGUUCCAAUACCAGGUGGUGUUUCACAAUGUGGACUCGCUUACAGAGAAGUUAUUUCCCAUCGUGGAGGCCAUGCAGAAGCAUUUUAGCGCAGGGUCUGGUGCUUACUACAGCGAUGCCAUCUUCUUUCUGUCUGUGGCAAUGCAUCGCAUUAUGCCUGCAGGUGAGCUAGCACUGACGAGAAUUAUUCAGCUGGAUCUGGAUCUCAAAUUUAGGAGCAACAUCAGAGACCUUUUCCAAGAGUUCAACCAUUUCCCACCCAAAGCUGUCAUUGGAAUCGCACGAGAGAUGCAGCCGGUUUACAGACACACUUUCUGGCAAUAUCGCAAAGAAAAUCCCAAGGCCCGUGUUGGUGACCCACCACCGGAGGGUCUGCCAGGCUUUAACAGUGGAGUGAUGCUUCUGAACCUCGAUGCCAUGCGUCGCUCAACCUUAUAUAACCAGCUUCUGGAGCCCGAGCGGGUGGCACAGCUGGCAGAGAAGUAUCACUUCAGGGGGCAUCUGGGCGAUCAGGAUUUCUUCACCAUGAUCGGUAUGGAGCACGAAGAGCUGUUUUAUCCUCUGGCCUGCGGCUGGAACCGACAGCUGUGCACGUGGUGGAGGGAUCAUGGUUACGGUGAUGUUUUCCAGCUGUACUAUCACUGCGAUGGGCCGGUCCACAUCUACCACGGCAAUUGCAACUCUCCUAUACCUGAUGACUGAGUACUCUUUACCUUUUUGAAAUGUUAAGCCUCAGAGGUUUGAUAAGGGCCUAAAAUGCUAUAGGUCCUAAUAUUGGCACACUUAUUCCCAGAUCAGUAUUAUGCUACAUAUUCAAAUCAUCACCACAUUUAAUUCAACUGAGCUUGUUGGUGUCUUUCCAAAAUAAGUUCCAGUACCAAACAAACCAGUAUGAUUUCACCGACAGCUUUGAUUCUUAGUAGUUUGAGAUGUAGGUGACUUAUCAGGAGGCUUUGGCAGAGAGCCAAUCAGGACGCUUUCCCUCCCUAUCAUUCCUUUGUUCACAGGUUGAAAACACACUGGCAUGCUCAUUUUCCUAAAACAGUGUCAUACAGAUGAAUAAACUCCCAUACACAUUAUUACCUUGUUUUUAAACUCUCAUUGGAUAAUUUGACCACAUUAUGUGCACUUCAACCCAUUAUACCAGCAAAAACUGCGUACGUAUGGCACAUUCUUCUUUUUAUCCAUAGUGAUGAUUCAGAGGGAUUGACCCAGUUUCCCGAGUUUGUCUGUUUGUGAACCUGUCAUGCGGCUUUAAACCGAGUGUUGAUGUUGGAAAUCAGAUUUCUCAGUCAUGCGCAAGUGCAUCAGUUGUAAUCACCUCCGAAAGCCAAGAUAACAUCUCAAACAUCUGAUUGGUGGACUCGUCGGAGGCCUAAGGUUGGAAGAGGACAUUCCUGCUUGAUCUGUGUGAGAAAUGGGAAGUGGGAUUGGGUGGAUAUGCAAAACAUAUACAGGAGAUUAAGAGGGCAGAGCUCGAGCUGUUGUGGUUGGCUGGUAGAUCGAGCGAUGCUGCUAUUGGCAACCCUCUGCAGGAUUGUGUAAAACGCUUGCAAUAACCUCCGCAAUGUCAGAUCAACAGGGCGGAGGGAUGGAGAAUCUCCCUGGACUCCCUGGCGCUGAUUUGUAAUAAAUCUUUGAAGUGCGUUGCCAGUCAGCCGUGAGAUCCCUCUUUAGACUCUAUUGUGUCAAUUGCACGAUAUUGUAAAGAUCAGCAGAACACGUCUUGGAGGUUUUCAGUUAAUUUGUUUUUUGUGCAAUAGUUUUGUGUAGCUGGUUCAGUAUGGCUCAUUAUGGACUGAAACGUUUAUGGGUGGUCCUAGCAAUUAUUUGUUUUUUAAGUAAUCUUAGGGUCUUGUUUAUGAGCAGAACAGAUUUCCGUGUGCAUUUUCCGCAAACCAUUUUUGGUUAGAUUCAUUGCAAGAAAUCAAUUAGGUAACAUUUUACAAUAAUGUAUUGGCUAACAUUAGUUAAUGCAUUAGCUAACAUGAAAUAACAAUGAAUAAUGCACAUUUUAGUUUCAGUUUUACUAAUGCAUUUCUAAAAUUAAAAGUUGUAACGUUAAUGCACAAUGAACAUAAACAAUUGUAUUUGCAUUACCUAACAUUAUCUCUAUUGUUGGUUCAUGUUAGUAAAUGCUUUACUAAUGUUAACAAAUACAACCUUAUUGUAAAUCGAAGUCUAUUCUCCUCAUGCUUUGUGAGUGAUCCACAUUGAUUGUAAUUGGUAUACAUUUAUCCUAUACAUUUUGUGUGGUUAUUAUGUGACCUUAUGUCUUAUAUGAACAAUUGUUUCUCAAAGGAACCACUCAGGAAACUGUGACUUUUUUGUGUUGUAAAAAGUGUAUUGUACCUUAUAUUCAAUUGUCUUUCCUUUCUUCUUAAAAAUUGAAUGUAAAACAGAUAUAUGUUGUGUCAUGCAGUAUAUAUGUUGUGUCAUAGAAAUUGAAUGUAUUAACACCUAUGAAGAAAAUUCCACUGAAGAGGUACCGAAUUUUUAAUAUAUUUAAUAUAUCUUUCUUUCUACAUGUGUAUAUAUUAGUGUGUUCAAAAUAAAAUUUCGUAUUAUUUGCUUCUAUGGCACCUCUUUUUCUUGCAUUUAAAAUGAACAGUAGCAUAUUUGUUAAAAGAGUGUUUGGAUGUCUCUGGGUAUCAUUUUGAUAUUUAAAGUGUUAUGUUGCUCUCUAUAAUAAAUCUUAGCUGA